GUGCGGCAGUUAGUGCGCGUCGCGACGUCGUGCACGAUGCGCCACCUCCUGCAGCUCGCCGGCAACUUGUCCGGCGAGUUCGUCAACUCCACGUUCCCCCACGGCUACUACUGCGGCGCCUUCUUCUCGUACCUGCGCCUCCUCCACACUUACUACAUUCCGGUGAUCAUCGGCGUCGGCUUCGUUGGCAACCUGCUCUCGUGCGUGGUGUUCUUGAGCAGCCACCUGAAGAUGCGUAGUUCGAGCUGCUACCUGGCGGCGCUGGCCGCCGCCGACUUCGGCUUCCUGUGCGUCGUGCUGGUGGUGCACUGCAGCUUCAACGACGUCUUCGACUUGUAUAACACGGACGGCUGGUGCCAGUUCUUCGUCUAUGUGAGCUCGGUGUGCGCCUCGUUGAGCGUCUGGCUGAUCGUGGCCUUCACGGUGGAGAGGUUCAUAGCGGUGCAGUGGCCGCUGCAGAGGCCGCACAUCUGCACGGUGUCCAGGGCGAAGGCGGUGGUGCUGGGGCUGACGGCGCUGGCGAUGGUGUCGCAGGUGUACCUAUUCUGGAUCGCCGGGGUCAUCCAGAAGGAAGACGAUAAACCCGAAUGCGAAAUGAGGCCUACCUAUUUCGAGUUUAUGAAGAUAGUUAAUUUCGUGGACACCGUGGCGACGUUGAUCGUGCCCUUUGUGCUCAUCGUUACGAUGAAUAUGAUGAUUGGAAGAAAUUUGUUGUUGUUUAGGAGGCGGCUCCAGGCGAGCUCGAUUGACGAGUAUCUGGACACAGAAACGGACAAAACGGAGUUGCAGCACUCGAACGCCCAGAGCGGAAGUUCCAACAGACGGCAGGGCUCCCAGCAAUCCCACAUCUCGCAAAAAUCCAAUCCGUGGCGGUCCAUCAAGAAAUUCAACAAUAACCAGCUGGAGAGGUGUCCUUGUAUACAUAUAAAAAUGUCCGCUCGGAACGUGGCGUCCGCGAAAAGCCAGCAGAACAUAACCAAAAUGCUUCUUCUGAUAUCUUCUGUGUUCGUAGCACUCAACUCACCCAGUUAUGUAAUCCGCCUGUCGGUGUAUUUCGGUUUCACGCUCCAGGAGAAGGAGCCGCCUGAAACCCUCUACUGCGUACAGCAGUUGGCCAUGUUGCUUUAUUACACCAACUUCAGCAUAAACUUCUUGCUUUACGCCAUGUGCGGGGUGACGUUCCGACGUUGUUUAUGGCAACUUUUGAGGAGCAACUUGAAGAGAUUAGCGGGAACACCGUUUUAUAGUAAAUGAAAGAACUGACCGAAACCAGAGGGUCCACACCAAGCGUGAUCAGCGAAGAAUUUUGAUAUUUUUUAACCUUGUUGAACGUUGAACGUUCCACCACAAAAAUGUAUGUCCUCGAUGUUGGAAUAAAUGAUUUAAAAAUUG